CGGUUUACCUGCUCAGUCAGUGUCGUUACCGGGACGAGCACCGCCACCUGUCCGGUAGAUUGUAUCGGCGUGAACUCCAAACUCAAACGAUGGAAAGUAACGCCGGACCCCGUGCUUCGCCUCAAAGUGGAGGUUAACGUCACAAAGUUGUCACCAACUGCUUCCUGGUACCGUCAUGGCUCGGACCGGCUCCGGUGCCCUCCUCUGGCGGCGGAACAUGAAGCUGGACUCAUUCCUGAAGCGCAACACGGAGCGGGCGGUGUACGAGCGGAUCCGAGCCUACGAACCGUGCGUGGUGAUCUCAGAGACCGUUAAAAAGGUGUAUAUGCACGUGGUGUUGAGCGACGAGCGUGUGUAUCUUACCGAGUAUCCACCACGCACGCUCACCGAAGCCUUUAACUUCAGGCGCGUGCGCCACAUCGAGUUGGUCAACGACCUCCCAGACUUCCUCCGCGGGAAGGACCGGGAAAGCUGCCAGCACAUCCGCAUCACCUACAUCACUGACAAGCCUGCAUCGAGAGGCCGUGAUUGGCUGAGGAGAGACAGGAGGGUGAGAGUUCCUCCUGCUGCCCCUGCCUCCCGCAGACCCAGCGAGUGUCCAUCAAUAACACACGCCUUAGAAGGUUAUCCUGCAGAGAGGAGCCCCAGUGAAAGGGUGGCAGAGCAUCCCGUGUUACCCCCGCCGCGUUCUGCCUCCUGUCCAAACCCCGAGACUUUGGGCCUCCUCAGGGUCCCUCACCCCCCGUCCACAGCCUCCUCCCUGUACUCCUCCACCUCCAAUCACAGAGUGUUCCUCCCCGACACAGCCCAGGUACCGAGGAGGCUCCCUACGGUUUUGUCUCGCCUGUUGAGAAGAGACUGUGUGAGCGGCGGAGAGGAGAGGGAGGCCGAGCUGCAUCUGUACGCCGUGUCACACACAUCCAGACUCUACCUCCAUCUGCAGAGCUCAUGGAACAGCUUCAUUAUUAGGUCCACCCUGUCAUUAGACCCGUUCUACAGAAGGAGGUGCAGUACCUCAUCUCCUGGAAAAAUCCUUCCUGGCAUCAGCUGGGAGCGGACUGCUCACCUGUUUGCUCAGCUGAGCUCAGAGCUGCUGCAGGAGGGGAUCGGUGAGGAGAGUCUGUACCUGCUGCUGCAGGAGCUGAGCACCGCCGCUCACCGUAACAUCGCUCUGCGCCAACUCUUCUGGAGGUCCACUGAGCUGUGCGGGUUCCUGGUUCAAUCUCUGGAAGAAUCUCUGCACGGCGGUCAGAGCUUCCAUGGAGUCUACACGGCAGAUCAAUUACUACUCAGCACUCUGAUCGUGCAGACGCUCGCCAUCAUGUUCAGAGAGACGGAGGUGGAGCCAGCCAGAUUCAACCUGCUCUCCGCCAAAAAAGGUGCCAUGGCCUCCAGAAUGCUGCUUGCCUUGAUUUGUGAUGCAGAACUACAUACGCAAAAGCAAAGAUCUCUGGGACACUGUGAGCUUCAGGCCUUACUAGCGGAGUAUCUGGACGCUGCCUGCACUCUGCUCUUCGAGCUGCUGCUUUUAGGCCAUGAGGCCAGCAGAUGUUCCCUCACUGAGAACUUCCUGUCUGUUGGCUGGAUCCUCAGAGUCCUGCAGCCCCAUCCUCACCUGAUGUCCUUUGUCAGUCACCAGGCCCAGCAGGUGGUUGUGGUUCUGUCUGACCUGCAGGACUCCCUCCUCCCUCCCUCUCAGUCUGUGCUGCUCUUCCAGCGCUGUCGCCUCCUGCUGGCCUGCCUGCAGUACAACAACAUGCUCGCUCAGCACCUCAGGUCUCACUUCAGAGAGGAGUUCAGGUACUUUGUGAAGCUGUCCUGUGUUGAGAUGAAGCUUCCCCCUCACUACCCGAUCAGCCCCCCCACCCUGCGGCUGGUUGAGCAGAUCCUCACUCUGCUCAAGUGAUCGCACAAACACACGAGUGCACUUAAACCUGGAAACAGCUGUGACAGCGUGUGCCUUUACCUCAGUGUGAGUGAGUUUAAGCUCCUGAUGCAUGAAUCAUCUCUGCUGCUAUUACAGAGGAAACUAAAGAUCGCAGCAAACAUAAUAUGACUUCUUUCCACCACAUUUAAAUGUUCCUAUGAUGCUGUGAAGCAAAAAACCUAAUCUGGAAUUCAUGAGUGUUAGCAGUGCUAUAAGCUAAAUGCUAACACAGUAAUGUUUAGCCGGUGUUUACAGUCUUCACCAUCUUCGUUAUAAUAGCGUGAAAAGAUAUGAAAACAAACAUUCCUGAUGUUUGUUUGGAUUCUGCCUAUGUGUAUAAUUGAACAUCUAGAUGUGUCUGAUGUCAUACCUGUAAAUCUGCAAAGUGUUUUGGUGAUACGCACUCUAAAUAAAGUGAAGUUAUAGAUAAAGUCUUUGAAAUCUGUUAUAAAUGAUAGCUGAACCUGAGAUCACUCGAUAUUGUUUCAGUUGAGAUCAGAAUAAAAAGUAUUAAACUUG